ACGAAGUUCGCAUCGAGGGAUGCUGUCGCAGGGGACGGCCGCAUGCCUUGUGGCAGCAAUCGCGGCCAUCUUGAUUCCACACCUUUUGCUCUACAAGGAAAACGACCACUCCUUAGUGUACCACACUGCUCUACCAGCGUUGUCUCCGGCGCUCGAGUCGGGAGUUGUCCUCGUUGACUCUACCUUGGUUCCAAAAUAUCGCUCAGACAUCGUUGCGAUCGAGGUUGUAUCCACUCCAGGGACUGGAAUUACCACUUCACCUUAGGCGCAACAUUUCAUAGCUCCACCAUUUUUGCCUUGCUUGAAUCCCCCUCGACUCCUUGGGACCAUCACACCGGUCACUGUAGCCAUGUCUUCAACGGUGCUUCCUACAAGUGUGUUCAUGAUGCUCAAUGGUGCAAACGACGGGCUCUUCUUCACAUGGAAUGAAGAAUCGCCCUGUCUUCACGCGCUUGGUCACGCGGCAGCCUUGUCUCUCGGCGCCGAUGCCGACUGGACUGCGCUCGGCGUAAGAUUGUACAAUCAACAGGGCCGCAUCGUCCAAGACGUAGCGGAUGUGGUGGCAAGUCGUGGGAUCUUGCAUGUCCUGCUCGAGUUUCAAGUGUGGACGUGGCCUGGUAUUGCCGUGGGCCACGUCACGAUUGUAAACGACGAUGGCCAGGGGCCCGAGAUCGCGCUCACUACGCUUAGCUUAUCCCCCAAGGUACUGAGUGUGAAUGGGUUUUUCACCGAAGUCGAGGCCGACGCGAUCUUGAGCCAAGGACAGCCCCAUCUUCAUCGGUCGCUCAUUGACGAUAACGGCGUGCGAGGUCGGUGAAUGCAUACACGUAAUGGCACCACUCGAUCCAAUGUAGGCAUAUCAGCGACUCGUACCAGCAACACGGCAUUCCUUCGACCCAGUUUACUCACACUGGAGCUCCAAGUUCGCACCGCCAAGUUGGCGCGCUUGCCCAGUCCAAGUUUCGUAGAGCGCACACAACUGGUGCGGUAUGGCCCGGGCGAGUUCUACAAACGGCACUUGGAUACGUUCGACAACAAAGAGAUUUUACCGAGAGCAUUUUCCGCGUACAAUUACUCGGAUUUCGAGGCUUGGACAGAGUGGGCAGCAGCGGUGAUCGAUGCAGCUCAAGCCAGCGCAGCCGAGCAUGGCACUCCGACUGUAGUGCCCGCGAUUUGUCACAAAGGCCAGCCGUGGUAUCCCAACGCCUCAUCUAGUGAGUUUAUUCACAGCGUUUUGCAUGCGUUCUGGACGUUUGCGAACACGACCAACUUUUUUGAAAGUCGGUUUGAUCAGGCGUGGGACGACUGGCUUGCCUACAACUUGGGCGUGAACGCGUCUGGGCUCAUGCACGUGCUCCUGGAGUCGAAAGGCCACUACUUGCCACUUAUCGUGCGGGUGUGGGAAGAUCGAGCGGGGAACGCCCCUGCGCUUCGAUACACCUUUCCCAAGCGUCGUCCACCUCAUGGAAUUAGUCAAUGGUACCGCUGGGUGCGAAAGACCAAGGAAGCGAUCAGUGCGCUCGGCCAAGCCGCGCCAAACCAUCUCCAGCCUCACAGUGCCCUCUAUCCAAAGUUCGAUACAGCAUUUGAGACGACAGUGUUGGAGCUAUGGCGACGAGGAACGGGAGGUCCAUAUCUGCCAGCAACGUCGCUGCCCAGAGAACGGCUGCAUUGGAUGGACCAGCACCGUGGCCAUCGCAAUGUCUUGCUCAAGCUCGUUCAAGAUUUGGGAAUACAUCUAGUGCAGCAGCUCAUUUACACGUGGGAGGAAAAGGUCCAGUUUGGGCCAGUCGCGGGGUACCUCAUGCCCCCGUUUGUGCCAUUCGUGCCACCCCAGCGAUAUGCGACGCUCUUCUUGUACCUGAACACGGUGGACAAAGGCGGUGAAACAGUGUUCCCUCACGCGCGCACUGACGCUCACGUGAGCCGGUCGUAUAACAGUACGACCAUGCCCGAGUGCGCCGAAGGCAUGGCCGUGCUGCCCACUGCACUGCAUGCAGUACUGUUUUACGUCCAGACGCCAACGAUGGAGGUGGACCCGAUGGCAAGGCAUGGCGGGUGUCCCCCGCUCGAUGGCAACAUCAAGUGGGGUGCCAACCAAUUCAUGUGGAAUGCAGAUGCAGAAGAAGGCGCAGUCAUGUGGCUCGAUUCGACUUAAUGCGGCGCAUUCUGCAAGCACGCGACAACAAUGAAUGCCCAAACGAAAGACUGAAUCGAUGUCGUAGCUGCGAUUGUCAGUGUCCGACAAAGCGAAGCACUUUGAAUAGCAAACGUUUCCAGCACAGCGCUCCAUCGUUCGUGUUUGCUCGUCCACGAUGGGAAGGUGCUACGGUCGAUGGCAUGUAAUUCAGCUAUGAGAGAGUUCGAUGAUGCA